GUUUUCUCUCUCAUAAAAACACACACAAAAAGAGAGUUUUUUUUGUAGAAGAAGAAGAAGACCCUCUCUCUCUCUUGUUUUGUUCUUACAUGCAUGCCUAUAAUUGGAUUUUCUUGAUUUUAGCAAGAAAUCAAAAACAAGAAAAACCCCAUUGCCAAACCUUCAACCAAAAAGUUGUCUGGUGGGGUGAAGCCAAAGAUGAAGAAGAAGCCAUAAUCAAGGCAAGAAGCAGUUUUGAAGCUUUGUGAGAGAGAAAGUUUCAAUCUUUCAACCAAGAACCCCAAAAAAGAGGCUUAAAAACACUCACUUUGUCCAAUUUUUUUUCACCUACUUCAAUUUAGCCUUUCUCAACUAGGUCAGUGUAUUUUUUUGUCCUCAGAUCUCAAAAACUCCUGUCUUAUUCCCAACAACAACUUAGUAAGAGAUCUAUGUCCUCAUCCCACUUCCCAUGAUGCAAGAUUAAAUUUUUUUCUCUCUCAUCACCAAAAAAAAUAAAAAAAAAAUCAAACCAUGAUGAAAACCUCAGCCACCCAAGAAGAGAACAUCUCCAACCUCACCACCGCCUCCACCGACGCCAGCGCCUCCUCCACCGGCGGCGAAAUGUACCCUCCGCCGUAUUUCCCAGCACAAACCACCCCACCUCCGCCGCCAAAGAAAAAGAGAAGCCAGCCAGGCCAUCCAGACCCUGGCUCAGAAGUGAUCUCUCUCUCUCCGAGAACUCUCAUGGCGACGAACAGAUUCGUGUGUGAAAUCUGCAGCAAAGGGUUUCAGAGGGACCAGAACCUGCAGCUGCACCGAAGAGGGCACAAUCUGCCAUGGAAGCUGAAGCAGAGAAGCAGCAAAGAUGUGAUGAGGAAAAAGGUGUAUGUCUGCCCCGAGACGAGCUGCGUCCACCACGACCCAUCGAGGGCGUUGGGAGAUCUCACAGGAAUCAAGAAACACUUUUGCAGAAAACAUGGGGAGAAGAAAUGGAAAUGUGAGAAGUGCUCAAAGAAGUAUGCUGUUCAAUCAGACUGGAAAGCUCACUCCAAAACAUGUGGCACUAGGGAAUACAGAUGUGACUGUGGCACCCUUUUUUCAAGGAGAGACAGCUUCAUCACACACAGAGCCUUCUGUGAUGCUCUAGCAGAAGAAAGUGCCAAAUCCAUCCCAUCAAAUUCACUCUCCCACCACAUAAAUCUCCAACAGAUCCAAUCCCAACUCCCAUUCCCAAUCAAGAAAGAGCACCAAACCUUCACCUUAAGGCCACCUUGGCUACCACCCCAAAACCAACCCUCCCUCUUCCAAGACUUUCAAGAAAACCCCCAAAAUCACCACAACCCAAACCCUAACCCUAACACCCCCAUGGGGCCCACCCCCUUCCACCACCCAGCUCCACACAUCUCAGCCACUGCAUUGCUGCAGAAAGCAACAGAGAUGGGCUCCAAAAGCAGCGGGCCCCACCACACUGCUGGGGAAACAACCCCAACAACAGCUGGUUUUGGGCUAAAGCUGGCCUCACGUGAACACCACCACUUCAUCAAUGGCUUGGCUCCAUUAGCCAACAAUAAAGCUGCUCCUUUUUCUUCUCCUCCUCCUCCUCCAAAUUCCCAUUCCAUGCUCCACGAGAUGAUGAUGAUCAGCGCCUCCGGAUUCGACCAUCAAGACUCGGCCUUUGGAGACGAAGAUCUGUCCUUUGCUGGGAUCUUGAACAACAACACCUCGUCGUCCUCAUCGUCGAAGAGGGUCGACGAAAGUUUGGAUUUUGAUGCGACCCUCAAUCGGUUCGGAGCCUCUAGUGGCGGAAACCACGACGAUGGGAUGACGAGGGAUUUUCUAGGGCUGAGGCCCUUGUCUCAGAGCGACAUUCUGAGCUUUGCAGGCUUGAGUAAUUGCAUCACUACUACUUGUGGGGAGCAUCAAAGCCAAGCUCAAAGAUCUUGGCAAGGUUAGAGUUUUGUUGGUGUAGGGGGUGAGAUAAAAUUAGAGUCUUGAAAAUCUUGUUCAAUGUAUGUAUGGUUUCUUUAGUUUAUUACUCUCCAAAUAAAAAAAGGUAAAUCCUAAAUGA